UUAAUUCCAAACAUAAGUGGCUUCAUAUUGAAGUGUAGAUUGUUCAUCAGUUUUAUUAAUAUGGUAGAGUAGCCAUAGUAAACCAUAGUAAGAAAAAAAAAAAAAAAUCAGGGUAUACCAAAAUCUCUUGCUCACUCAAUGUCUCUCCACCUUCCGCCCCUCCCUCGCUUUUUCUCUUUUCAGAUGUGUAUAUAAACUGGUCAGUUCACUUCUGGAGUGAAGUACACUGAAUUAAGCAAACUGUUUCUUUACUUAGAUUUACAAUAACAGAUCUGUAUUGCAUGCUCUACAAAAACCAUAUCCUUUGUAUUUUUAUAUCAGGUGACACACCUGAUAUCUUUGAGCUAUCAAGUUUCAUUGAUGUCUUACAGGGAAAACGAGCCACAACAAAAGAAGAAGAAAAUUCCUAACAGGAUUUUGCAUCACUGAAUUGUAUGAAGUGCACAAGGACAAUGAACUCUACAAUGCUUCAAAAUAGUGCUCAAGACAAAAUUCUGGAUGCUUUUGUUAGAAAUUUGGUCCUUGUUCUCGUUGGGAUCACAAUUAACUCGAUCAACGGAGUGUUUGUGUUUACAUUCUUCAAGAGUUCAAUUUUCUAUAAUGAUCCGAGAUAUAUAUUAUAUAUUCACUUGGUUAUCAAUGAUAUGCUCAUGGUUGGCCUCAGUGUAAUUCUUUCUGUGAUGGCUUAUGCAUGGCAAAAUGUACCUCUUCCAUUCUGUGUUAUACUGCUAAUAAUAGCUGACGCAACUCAUAAGAACACUCCUCUGACUUUGGCCGGAAUGGCUGUUGAGCGUUACAUCGCCAUCUGCAAACCACUGCAUCACCAUCAGAUUUGCACAGUGCGCAGGACCUACAUCCUUAUCACUCUGAUAUGGGGUGUAGGAGUUAUACCUGGUUUGACUGACUUGAUUGUCAUUUUAAUUGUACGUCCUUUAUCUAUCUUUACAACAGGUCUUGUUUGUAGCUCAACAAAGGUGUAUAACACGCCAUACCAUGAAGAACUGAGCAAAGUUAUGUCUGGGCUUUAUUCAUCUGUUGUGUGGGUAAUUCUUGUAUUCACAUAUUGUCAAGUGCUGAUUGCGGCCAGAAGGGUCUCCGCUGAUAAAACUUCAGCAAAAAAGGCCCAGAGCACCAUCCUGUUACAUGGAGCACAGCUUCUGCUCUGUAUGCUGUCCUACAUUGCUAGUAUCAUAGACAAGAUUUCUGCUCAAUUUUUAUUGGCUGAUCGGACAAAAGUGCCCUUUAUUAAUUAUCUUUUAACAAACUUAUUACCACGACUGCUUACCCCACUGAUUUAUGGUGUUCGAGAUAAACUUUUUUACAGUCACAUGAAGGGGCAUUUUGGAUGUAAAUUACUAAUUGUAAGGGUUGAAUCAACCAAACAAUGAGCAAACCAAACAAUGCCUCUCAAUCUUGCCUGUUUUCCCCCUCUUUAUUUACUCUCUGCUGAAAAACAAUGCUAUUUUUUUAAGAAGUUCUUGAAUAUUAGACCUCAUUGGUAAUAUAUUUUUAGUGCAAUCAUAAAUUAUGAAAUAAAAAGCAUCAAUAUAUUGUUUAAAUCAAACUGUGGUUAUAAUAUACAUUAAUAGAGAUAUAUUUGAAGAGUUUGGUUC